AUGAGGAGCCGCCAGCCUGCGAGCUUUGCCUCCGGGAGUCAGUGCGGUUCACCGAGCACCACUUGGUGCCGCGCUCACGGGGCGGCAAGCAUGGACCGAAGGCGCGGCUCUGCCCCACAUGCCACCGGCAACUGCACGCGAUGUUUUCCGAGAAGACGCUGGCCAACGAACUGA